CGAAGUAGUUCAACAACCCAGCCAAAGACCACCGUCGACCGAUCCCAAAACAAACUGAAUGAAUUCUGUUCACAACACAACACACUUCGUGUCCGAACAGAGCAAAAUAAACCGUUAGAAAAGUAGGGGGGAAAGUUGGUCACCAAUAUUAAAGCCACCUUUUAUCAUUUUUAACUCCUUCAAAACUUAUUUAUUAUUAUUUUUUUUUUCUUUGAUCAAAUUUCAAAACUUAUUUAUAUCCUUCAUUUAAUCCCCCAAAGACUCCAUAAAUCAAAUCAAACAAACACAACAAAACAAAACUCCAAAAGGAUUAGAUUCUCUCCAAACACGAGGAAAUAUGAAAAUGGGAAGAGUUCUAGUGUUGCUUACAGUUUUUAUGGCUGUGAUGUCUUCUACAAGAGUCUCUGCUCAGUCCAGUUGCACAACCGCGUUGAUCAGCAUGUCUCCCUGUCUCAACUACAUAACAGGAAACACUACCUCUCCUUCUCAGCAAUGCUGUAGUCAGCUAGGUAAUGUAGUCAGGUCUUCUCCUGACUGUCUGUGUCAAGCCCUCAACGGUGGAGGCUCUCAGCUUGGGAUCAACGUUAACCAAACGCAGGCUCUUGCUUUGCCUAGGGCUUGUAAUGUUCAAACUCCUCCUGUCAGUCGCUGUAACAACGGUGGUGGUUCUACUACUGACUCUCCUACAGAUUCACCAAAUUCUUCAGGACCAGGAAAUGGAUCGAAAACUGUGCCAGUAGGAGAAGGAGAUGGAUCACACGGAAGCUCUAUCAAGAUCUCAUAUCGUCUUCUUACCUUCCUUUCCGUGGCUUCCUACAUCGCAAUCUUCUUGAAAUACUGAUUUCUUCUCAUCCAUGUUUAUCCUGAAACCGAUGAAGCUUUUAUGCCACACUCGGAUUGCAUUUUUUUGUUAAUCCCUAUUUAUUCACAUUUCGUUGAGAUGUGUAAUGUAUUUUAUCCUCUAUGAAUCCCUACUUUAAGGGUAGCAUGUUCGAUCUCUUUACCUUUAAUAAUAAGCAUUAUUUUCCAAA